AUGACAGAAGUGGUUCAUAUCAAAGACCGAAAAGAAGUCAUUCAUGAAAUGAAAUUUUCUCCAGACGGCUCUUAUCUCGCAGUGGGAUCUAAUGAUGGCCCCGUAGACAUCUACGCGGUCGCCCAGAGGUAUAAGAAAAUCGGAGAAUGCAACAAGUCCCUUAGCUUUAUCACGCACAUUGACUGGUCUCUGGAUAGCAAAUACUUGCAGACGAAUGAUGGUGCAGGAGAGCGACUUUUCUACAAAAUGCCAUCUGGGAAGCCUUCAACAAGUAAAGAAGAAAUCAAGGGGGUCCCCUGGGCCUCCUGGACCUGUGUGAAAGGCCCAGAAGUGAGUGGAAUCUGGCCAAAAUACACUGAUAUCAAUGACAUCAACUCAGUGGAUGCGAACUACAGCAGCUCAGUGCUGGUGUCUGGAGAUGAUUUUGGACUGGUUAAAUUGUUUAAGUUUCCUUGUCUCAAGAAAGGAGCCAAAUUUAGAAAGUACGUGGGCCACUCUGCACACGUCACGAAUGUCCGCUGGUCUCAUGACUGCCAGUGGGUGGUGAGCACCGGAGGGGCUGACCACUCCGUGUUCCAGUGGAGGUUCAUUCCAGAAGGUGUCAGCAAUGGCCUGCUGGAAACCGCACCCCAGGAAGGAGGCACUGAUUCCUACAGUGAAGAAUCUGAUUCAGAUUUAUCCGACGUGCCGGAGUUGGACUCCGAUAUUGAACAAGAAACUCAAAUCAAUUAUGAUCGCCAGGUUUACAAAGAAGAUCUACCUCAGCUAAAGCAACAAAGUAAAGAGAAAAACCAUGCAGUGCCCUUCCUCAAACGAGAAAAGGCUCCUGAGGACAGCUUGAAACUCCAGUUCAUACACGGUUACAGAGGCUACGACUGUAGGAACAAUCUGUUCUACACGCAAGCCGGAGAAGUGGUCUACCACAUCGCUGCAGUUGCUGUCGUGUACAACAGGCAGCAGCACUCCCAGAGGCUGUACCUGGGGCAUGAUGACGACAUCCUCAGCCUGACCAUCCAUCCGGUGAAGGACUAUGUGGCCACUGGGCAGAUCGGAAGAGAUGCUGCCAUUCAUGUGUGGGACACGCAGACUCUGAAAUGCCUGUCACUACUGAAAGGACAGCAUCAGAGAGGAGUGUGCACGCUCGAUUUUUCAGCCGAUGGAAAAUGCCUGGUGUCAGUUGGUUUAGACGAUUUUCACAGUAUUGUGUUUUGGGACUGGAAAAAGGGAGAAAAGAUCGCCACCACAAGAGGACAUAAAGAUAAAAUAUUUGUGGUAAAGUGUAACCCACACCACAUUGACAAACUGGUUACGGUUGGGAUAAAGCACAUCAAAUUCUGGCAACAAGCAGGUGGGGGCUUCACCUCCAAAAGAGGGACUUUUGGCAGUGUUGGAAAAUUGGAAACAAUGAUGUGUGUUUCUUAUGGGCGAAUGGAAGACCUAGUGUUCUCAGGGGCAGCCACUGGAGAUAUUUUUAUUUGGAAAGAUAUUCUACUGCUGAAGACAGUGAAGGCUCACGACGGGCCUGUGUUUGCUAUGUAUGCCCUGGAUAAGGGCUUUGUGACUGGGGGAAAGGACGGAAUCGUGGAGCUCUGGGACGAUAUGUUUGAAAGAUGCCUGAAGACUUAUGCCAUUAAAAGAGCAGCAUUGUCCACCAGCUCUAAAGGCUUGCUUUUGGAGGAUAACCCUUCGAUUCGUGCCAUCACUCUGGGGCAUGGCCAUAUCCUGGUGGGCACCAAAAAUGGAGAGAUCCUGGAAAUUGACAAAAGCGGCCCAAUGACACUGCUCGUUCAGGGACACAUGGAGGGAGAAGUGUGGGGGUUGGCAGCUCACCCUCUCCUGCCCAUCUGUGCAACAGUGAGCGAUGAUAAAACCCUUCGCAUCUGGGAAUUAUCUUCCCAGCACCGUAUGCUGGCAGUACGGAAACUCAAAAAAGGUGGAAGAUGCUGUGCCUUCUCCCCUGACGGGAAAGCCUUAGCAGUCGGCUUGAAUGAUGGGAGUUUCCUGGUUGUAAAUGCUGACACUGUUGAAGACAUGGUCUCCUUCCAUCACAGAAAAGAAAUGAUCUCUGAUAUUAAAUUUUCCAAAGAUACUGGGAAAUACCUUGCUGUGGCAUCCCACGAUAACUUUGUGGAUAUUUAUAAUGUACUUACAAGCAAAAGGGUUGGCAUCUGUAAAGGUGCGUCCAGUUACAUUACACAUAUCGACUGGGACUCUCGAGGAAAAUUAUUACAAGUUAAUACGGGUGCCAAAGAACAGCUCUUUUUUGAAGCUCCAAGAGGCAAGCGGCAUAUAAUAAGACCUUCAGAGAUCGAGAAGAUAGAGUGGGACACGUGGACCUGUGUCCUGGGGCCCACCUGUGAGGGGAUAUGGCCCGCACACAGCGAUGUGACCGAUGUAAAUGCUGCCAGCCUCACCAAAGACUGCUCCCUCUUAGCCACUGGGGAUGACUUUGGUUUCGUCAAGCUUUUUUCCUAUCCUGUCAAGGGCCAGCACGCGAGGUUCAAGAAGUACGUGGGGCACAGUGCCCACGUCACCAACGUGCGAUGGCUGCACAACGACUCCGUGCUGCUCACGGUCGGUGGCGCCGACACAGCCCUGAUGAUCUGGACCAGGGAGUUUGUGGGGACCCAGGAGAGCAAGCUGGUGGACAGCGAGGAGUCGGACACGGACGCCGAAGAGGAUGGAGGCUACGACAGUGACGUUGCUAGAGAAAAGGCCAUUGAUUACACCACCAAGAUCUAUGCUGUCAGCAUCAGGGAAAUGGAAGGCACGAAACCACACCAGCAGAUGAAAGAAGUUUCCAUGGAAGAAAGGCCACCUGUGAGCAGAGCUGUUCCCCAGCCUGAGAAACUCCAGAAGAACAAUAUCACCAAAAAAAAGAAACUGGUUGAGGAGCUGGCUCUCGACCACGUGUUUGGCUACCGAGGGUUUGACUGUCGCAACAACCUGCACUACCUGAACGACGGUGCAGACAUCAUCUUCCACACCGCAGCCGCCGGCGUCGUGCAGAACCUCUCUACAGGGAGCCAGAGUUUCUACUUGGAGCACACGGACGACAUCCUCUGCCUCACGGUGAACCAGCACCCCAAGUACAGAAACGUGGUGGCCACCAGCCAGAUAGGAACAACACCUUCCAUCCACGUCUGGGACGCCAUGACCAAGCACACCCUCUCCAUGCUGCGGUGCUUCCACUCGAAGGGGGUGAAUUACGUCAACUUCAGUGCAACGGGAAAGCUGCUGGUGUCAGUGGGCGUGGACCCUGAGCACACCAUCACCGUCUGGCGCUGGCAGGAAGGUGCCAAGGUUGCCAGCCGAGGGGGUCACCUGGAGCGCAUAUUUGUGGUGGAAUUUCGCCCUGAUUCAGACACACAGUUUGUGUCUGUUGGAGUCAAACAUAUGAAAUUCUGGACCCUGGCGGGCAGUGCCCUCCUUUACAAGAAAGGGGUCAUCGGGUCCAUGGAGGCUGCCAAGAUGCAGACGAUGCUGUCCGUGGCCUUCGGUGCUAACAACCUCACUUUCACGGGUGCCAUCAACGGGGACGUCUAUGUGUGGAAGGACCACUUCCUCAUCCGGCUGGUGGCCAAGGCCCACACGGGCCCCGUCUUCACCAUGUACACGACCCUGCGGGACGGACUCAUCGUGACCGGAGGGAAGGAGCGGCCGACCAAAGAGGGAGGUGCCGUGAAGCUGUGGGACCAGGAGAUGAAGCGCUGCCGGGCCUUCCAGCUGGAGACGGGGCAGCUGGUGGAGUGCGUGCGCUCCGUGUGCCGCGGCAAAGGAAAAAUUUUAGUGGGGACCAAAGAUGGAGAAAUAAUUGAAGUUGGUGAAAAAAAUGCCGCUUCCAACAUCCUGAUUGAUGGACACAUGGAAGGAGAGAUCUGGGGUCUGGCCACACACCCCACCAAGGACAUCUUUAUCUCUGCCAGCAACGACGGCACAGCCCGCAUCUGGGACCUGGCCGACAAGAAGCUGCUCAACAAGGUGAACCUGGGCCAUGCAGCCAGGUGUGCGGCCUACAGCCCUGACGGGGAGAUGGUAGCCAUCGGCAUGAAGAAUGGAGAGUUUGUCAUCUUGCUGGUGAACAGCCUGAAAGUUUGGGGGAAGAAACGAGAUCGGAAAUCUGCUCUCCAAGAUAUCAGAAUCAGCCCGGACAGCAGACUCUUAGCCGUUGGUUCUUCCGAGCAUGCAGUUGACUUCUAUGACCUCACUCAGGGCACGAGCCUGAAUCGCAUCGGCUACUGCAAAGACAUCCCCAGCUUUGUCAUUCAGAUGGAUUUUUCUGCGGAUGGCAGAUACAUUCAGGUGUCGACGGGAGCCUACAAGCGCCAGGUGCAUGAGGUGCCCCUGGGGAAGCAGGUAACCGAAGCCAUGGUCAUUGAGAAGAUCACCUGGGCCUCCUGGACAAGCAUUCUGGGAGACGAGGUCAUUGGCAUCUGGCCGAGAAAUGCAGACAAGGCUGAUGUUAACUGCGCGUGUGUGACCCACGCUGGCCUGAACAUUGUCACGGGAGAUGACUUUGGGCUGGUGAAGCUCUUUGAUUUUCCAUGCACAGAAAAAUUUGCCAAACACAAACGUUACUUCGGGCACUCGGCUCACGUGACGAACAUCCGUUUCUCGCACGAUGACAAGUAUGUGGUCAGCACCGGAGGAGACGACUGCAGUGUGUUUGUGUGGCGAUGUCUAUAAAUGCCAGAAACCUCUCACUUUAUUGCUGCUGCUGCUGCUCCCACCCGGCAACUGCAGAGGCGGUGUGAGCCACCUCCUCGCCACCAGCUGCUGGAAACGCCUCCAAUGCUGCAGGCCGCACAAGCUCCGCGUGCUAGCAAAGCGGUAAGACUGCGCCCAGACUUGGGGAUCUCCAAAACUGUGAUGCCAAGAAGGAAGGUCAGUUCUCAGAUGUUAAGACUGCUUGCCUCUGUUCCUGAGACUAAAAACUAUACGUACUAACAACACUGACAAAAAAGAAAAAAAAAUCCUGAUAAUGUAGCCCACUGACAAAAUUUAAAGCCUCAUUUACCCUAACCAAUAUGUAGCUUUUAAUUUGCAUCAAAACUUUUACAAAAGAUGUUUUGCUAUUAUGUUUCUAUAUACUUUCAAACUGUUCAUUUUUACAAAUAAGUUGAACAAAACAGCUUGAGUUAGAAGCACCCAAGUCCUAGAACUACUGAUAGCCUCUGUUUUCCACGUUUAGCUUUCAAAACCAAAUGAGCCAUGUAUAAACAAGUUGAGAAACUUAAUUUUUUAACGUUUUGUUUGCAGAGUUUUAUAUCCAUUAAGUGCCUUUGAAAGUUUCCAGUUGUGUGGGCUGCCGUCUCACCUCCCACAAAUUAUCUCCUUUCUACAUAAGGUGCUAAAACUUCGAAACCGAGGAGGGCUACAGGACCCUUAGCAGAUUCCCGGUCUGUCACCUGUGUCGUGUGUUUAUGUCAAGGCUUCCCAAAGGAAGGACAUCAGUUACCUGCUUGGGAAAUAGUGGCUGUAGGAAGGUGAGCAACAAAGACACUCAGGAGGUAGGGAAGGAAUAGAAUGAGUUUUCAUUAUGUUUAGUGCCAAACCCACAAAAUCCAAAAUAGAAUUCAAAUAAAAACAAAUCUCUACCACAGAAGGAAAAAAACCAGUUCCAGGAAGACAAGCUGAUUUAUCUUGUUAAAUCUAACACAGUAAUGAAUGAGGUAACCUGAGGCUGACUGGGUUUUCACCCUCCCAGAGUGAGAUUGACUGGACACACCACUGAUUUGCUUCUGAACUAACUAUAUGGUCAAGUGUGGAUUAAAAAAAAAUUCUCUGCAGAACAAAUUCCUAAACCCAAGCAAUAUUUGAUAAAUCAAGAUUACAAAACAGAAUAGUCUAACUUGGAGCUCCUCAGAGUUGGUUGGUAGCAGAUGUGACUUGGACAGCAUUAACCAGAAGACAGCGUCAAACCACCGCAAUGGCACUUUCCACUCGGCCAGCCACGGGCAGGCGGGGCCAACGGCGCUCUCUGCAGGCGGGCCUGGGGACCAUGCGCGCACAGGCGCGCCACCGAGUCCUUCCGUCGGCGGACUGAUUUUGGAUCUUGACUUACUGGCUAGCUGUCAGUUUAGGGAAAAGGUGAAGUGAAGCAUUUUCAAUUAGAUUAACAUUUACCACAGAAGUGCUUCAGCAUUCUAACGGGAUUAGAUCAUUCAUUAAGCUCUUUUUAUAUGCUGGUUUAUUAAUGCCUUACAUUAACCCACUGAUAGGUUGUUGGGCCCACAGUUAGUCCUUUCGCAGUCCUACUUGUUUUCUGUAACCACGUGACUGGUGACGCCGAGUGAUAACCACAUCUGCCUAUAUUGUACCACUGACCUUCCAUACUGACUGAAUCUUGCAUUGAACUAACCAUGUGGAAGAACAAUAAAUUGAUCAAUGAUAUGUACAACUGUAUUUAAAGAGCAAUAGUGUCUGUGUCAAGAAAACUUCUUAAAUCUUAGUAAAUAUUUAUAUGGUAUGAUUUUAUGUAUGUUCAUAAAUCCUGCACUGUAUUCUAUGUUAAAAUAUUGGUGCAUGAAUUUAUUUUCA